GCAUUACGGUAUCGGCGUCACCCACACCGGAAGUGCCAUUGUUUUGUAGCUUUUAGCAGGCAGCACCAGCGACUGUAUCGUUACCCAAAUUAGUCGACUUUAUUUUUUUUUUACCGGCACAGAAGUAUCGUUGCCCAAAUUAGUCGACUUUCUUUACCGGCAGAGAAGUUUUUGCUCACCGGCGAACCGAGCCAACAUGCCGACGGACACUUUGAACAUCGAGUCUCAGCUGUCGUCCAUCAUGGACGUCCUGGUGAAGGCGGCGGUGUUAGAAAUAAGUCAGCUCUUCUCCGAGAGCUCGUCGUCCCUGCGGCUCCACCUCAACCAGAGCCUGCGGGACAACGAGAACCUGAGGACGAGAAUGAAGGUGAUGCGGGGCGAGCUCUUCUCCCUCCGCCUGCAGACCAGAGCCAACCGGCCGCUGAGUCGCCUUGCCACCUUCAAGGCCAACACACCCAAAGCCCGCAGCAAAACACCAGUUGUCCUAAAGCCACCUGCCGCCCAAGAAUCGCCUUCCACCUCAGUGCAUCUACAGGCUGAUACGUGCCCUCCUGAAACGAAAGAGUUUCAGGUUGAAGAGACUCCAGACAUCAUCCUGAUCAAAGAUGAAGAUGACUCUGCAGGAUGCGAUCCAAGUCAAAGUCAGAAGAACCGUGCACAAACACAGAACACGGAGCCCGUCGGAUCCUCCCGUCCCACCGAAAGUAACGAGGAGCUGAGGAUCGUCAGCGUCCACGGACGAGGACAAGGGCCCCUGCAGGACGAGAUGGAUAUUGUCUUUUCCGCGAAUGGUCAGGAGGUUUUCAGCACUCAGGAUCUUGCAGUCACUCACGACGGUUUCAUGGGCGUCCCCCUCGGCGCCGGCGACCGAGCCGCAAUGCGAGGGAUGCAGGACGACAGGAGCGGCCAGAUGGAACGACUUUCCUCCUCUCAGGUCGCUACCGGGAACGGAGGACACCCCAGCCACGCCAGCCACUUCCCGCCGCUCCCCGCCGUCCAGUCCCAGAUUGUCAGCAAGUCCCUGGACUGCAGCUUCUGCGGCAUGCUUUUCGCCACCCGCGAGGACCUGAUCGUGCACCGCGCCGCCCACACGGGGGAGCCGCCCGUCUCCUGCGCCAUGUGCGGCAAGUCCUUCGCCAACAAGACCACCUUGGGCAUCCACAUGCGCAUUCACACGGGGGAGAAGCCGUACGCCUGCUCGCUGUGCGGCAAGCGCUUCACGCAGAGCGGCAGCCUGAAGAUCCACCUGAGGACGCACUCCGGGGAGAAACCCUACUCCUGUUCCCAGUGCACGGCCAGCUUUAACAACCCCAGCAACCUGCGCCGACACAUGUUCACGCACAACUCUAACGGCUCCAUCUGGCCGUGAAAUCUUUUUUUAUUACGGUCUUUUUUUGUAGGUUUGACCUUUUUUUUUUUUUUUUUUAGGAGUGAAAUUAUUCUACAUAGUAAAUCUUAGAGGUUCCAUGACAGUCUAGCCUUAAUAAUAAUGGCAUUGAGAUGGUUUAAAAGUGCUUAUACCGUAUUUCCUUGAAUUGCCACCGGGGCGCUAAUUAUUUUAAAACCUCUUCUCACUUCGGCGCUUACCAAAGGCAUGCGGUAAUUUUAGGCCUGCGCUUAUAAAUUUGAGUGUGAUGUAAGGAUACCAUCAUGAAAAGCACAUUUAAUAAAAAAAACUUUAUUAUGGUCUUACCUUUACUUGUAAAUGAAGUCCAUGCGCAGCUCCUUCUGAUCAAAAGCAUCGAUAACUUUUUUAUAGAAGUCUUCCUUAUCCUUCAGUUUUAAGUCUCUCUGUCUCGAUGGAGAUCUUCCUUUAUUACCUCCUGCUUCGAUUGAAAGUCCAGUUUAGAAAAUGUUUUAUUUUAGAUAUGUAAUCCUCCAUGUUGAAAGUGAAAGCGAGAGGAAAAAAUAAACGAUCGCUGCUCACUCUUGCUGCCUAUUGUCACUUCUUCUGCAGCCGAGUAGUCGCAAGAAGGAUCUCUAGCGCCCUCUAUCACCAGGAGGCGGGAGUCAUUUAAUGACUCAUAUUUGACACACGCAGCUACGGUAUAUUAAUAAAACAUAGCUGCUUACUGUUAUUUUUAGCACAUUCAAUAGCUUGGACCUUAAAUCCUACUGAAUAGCUCUUAAUCUUCUUCCCUUUAUGCGAUUUCAAAUGAUUGAAGUCAACCUGAUGAAAAUGGUGACAGGUGAAGUGUCACUCGUGACGUGACGAGUUUGACCCGGCAGAAAUUCUAGACAUGCGCUAAUACAAAUAAUUUGCAAAACGAGUUUGACCCGGCGGUAAUGCUAGGUAUGCGCUAAUUAUUUUGCGAAACGAGUUUGACCCGGCAGUAAUUCUAGGCAGGCGGCGCAUACUAUAUACCUGGCGGCAAUUCAAGGAAAUACGGUAAUAAUACAUUCGGUGUGUCUUUAGCUUUAAUAAUAAUAAUAAUACAUUUUACUUCCAUGGCGCCUUUCUGGGCACUCAAGGUCCAUCCGUACAGCCAUCCAUUUUCUACCACUUGUCUUGUUCUGGGUUGCGGGGGGUGCUGAAGCCUAUCUCAGCUGCAUUCGGGCGGAAGGCGGCGUACACCCUGGACAAGUCGCCACCUCAUCGCAGGGCCAACACAGAUAGAUAAACAACAUUCACACACUAGGGCCAAUUUAGUGUUGCCAAUCAACCUAUCCCCAGGUGCAUGUCUUUGGAAGUGGGAGGAAGCCGGAGUACCCGGAGGGGACCCUACGCAGUCACGGGGAGAACAUGCAAACUCCACACAGAAAGAUCCCAAGCGCAGGAUCGAACCCAAGUCCUUCGUAUUGUGAGGCAAAUACUGUACAAAAUCAAAACAAUAAAAUCCAUUGAAUAAAAUCAACAACAAAGGUUAACAGUGAAUAAGCAGUCAGGUAUGGGGGUGUUUUGAGUCUCGAUUUAAAGAGGGAUAUUGAGUCUACGUUACGAAGGUUUGGUGGUAAUGAGUUCCAAAGAUGAGGGGCUUUAUUGCUAAUCAGUCGUCCACGCCUGUGUACAGAAGGGCUUUUAUGCGCGUUAUCCCAUUGACACAUGCGGUAACUUUGCACCUGUCCAGCAUAAUAGACGCCAUAAGCGCUAACAAUGCUAAUUCGGUUUGAUUGAUUACAACUUUUAUUAGUAGAUUGCAAAGUGCAGUACAUAUUCCGUACAAUUGACCACUAAAUGGUAACACCCGAAUUAGUCUUUCAACUUGUUUGACUCGGGGUCCACGUUACUCUAUUGAUGGUACAAAUAUAUACUAUUAGCAUAAUACAGUCAUCACACAAGUUCAUCAUUAGAGUAUAUACAUUGAAUUAUUUACAUUAUUUACAAUCCAGGGGGUGGGAUGUUAGGUUUGGUUGAUAUCAACAAUUCAGUCAUCAAAUCAACAAUUUCAUCAUCUGAGAUUUGAAACAGUGUAGGUCUGUCUUCAUAGGAUUUGUGCAAUAUUUACGUUGGGAAUUAUAUAAGUGUGGCUUAGGAUAGAUCUUUUAGUAUUUUAUAACGACAGUAAAGGAUUUAAAUCAGAGCCAGUAGAAUGAAAUUAUCUAAAUAUUUAAUGUACUGUACAGGCCAAAAGUUUAGACACACCUUCUCAUUUCAAUAUGUUUUCUUUAUUUUCAUGACUAUUUACAUUGUAGAUUGUCACAUCAAAACUAAAAAUGAACACAUGUGGAGUUAUGUGCCUAACAAAAAAAAGGGGAAAUAACUGAAAACAUGUUUUAUAUUCUAGUUUGUUCAUAUUAGCCACCCUUAGUGGCAUUUAGCCACCUAUAGAGGCUAAAAGGCCAUGCCAGAGGACAUCAAGAUCCGUGAGGGUUGAUACAGUCAAAGCAGGUCAGGUAGAUAAGGAGGCGCAAGGCCAUUAAGACAUUUAAAAACUAAUAAUAUAACUUUAAAAUUGACUGGGAACCGACACAGUGACUUUAAAACUGGUGUAAUGUGCUGCCGCCAAAGAAUCACUUGCUUAAAGUAGAGUGUUUUUUUAUUUUCCUGUAGUCAAACUGUGUAAUUUUACCCUGGACAAAAAUAUUGAAUAUAUAGUACAGGCAAAAAGUUUGGACACACCUUCUCAUUUCAAUGCGUUUUCUUAAUUUUCAUGCAGUGUUUCCCACAAGUCAGGCAUCUAUUUGUGGUGGUGUGGUCGGACGGCGGUAGGGGGAGGAGGGUG